AUGAAGCCCGAGGACCUCAAGCACUACCUGGCGGAUCAGCCGCCCUCCGUAGUCCGCCUGGAGAUUGAGAAGCACUUUGGUCUCUUGACUGACCAGCAGAAGCGAUAUGCUCACUUUAUCAGCAAGGCUGCAUUCGCCGGUUCCAGGAUUGUCCUGCGCCAGCUCUCUCCAGAGUCAGAGCCUAUCUUCGACUUGAUCAUUGCCCUUCACAAGUCGGCCAAUGGCGACUGGAAUGCACUGGCUCAAAAGGCUGAUGUCGAAGAGUCCGAAUUGACCCUUUUCCUCGAAUAUGUGGCCAUGUUCCUUGGCAACAUGGGCAACUAUAAGAGCUUUGGCGAUGCCAAAUUCAUCCCCAGAUGCAGUGAAAAGACUGUUUCUGCUCUGGCUGCCACAUCCCCUGAAGCACAAAAGUUCUACGAUGCCACCAAAGGCGCCAUCUUCAGCCAUGAGGACCCUGGUUCUAUGCAUCUUGGAUUCCUCGAUGCUGGCCACAUGACGACCUAUUAUCCCGACUCUAAGGGUAUCACCAAGAGCGAGAUUGAAGCUGUCUCGGCCUGGAUGGAGGAGAAGAGACUGUUGCCCGAGAACACCAGACUGCGAAAGACCGCGGAUGGCUUUGAUAUUCUCAUUGCUUCAGCCGUUACUAGCGUCCCCGCUGACGGAGGCGACAUUGGAAAGGAAACUCGAUUCGCCGUUGAAAAUGGACCCCUCAAGGGCAAGACCAUCAGCCUUGUCUAUGGCGAUUAUGCUGAGGAGAUGAAGAACAUUACUGCCAAUAUCAAGCAGGCUGCUGCCAACGCGGACAACGAAAAUCAGAAGAACAUGCACCUGGCAUAUGCCAAGUCAUUCGAGACUGGAUCGUUGGAGGCAUUCAAGGACAGCCAGCGCUUCUGGAUUAAGGAUAAGGGUCCUAAUGUCGAGUGCAACAUCGGCUUUAUUGAGACUUAUCGUGACCCUGCUGGUGUUCGUGGUGAAUGGGAGGGUUUCGCGUCCAUGGUUAACCAGGAGCGCACUCGCGCUUUCGGGGAGCUGGUUGAGGCUUCACCUUCUCUCAUCCCUCUGCUACCCUGGGGCAAGGAAUUUGAGAAGGACAAGUUCCUUUCUCCAGACUUUACUUCUCUGGAAGUGAUGACAUUUGCAAACUCUGGCAUUCCCGCCGGUAUCAACAUUCCCAACUACGACGACAUCCGACAGACUGAGGGUUUCAAGAACGUGUCCCUCGGGAAUGUGCUGAGCGCCAAGGCUCCGAACGAAAAGAUCCCCUUCAUCCGCCCAGAAGAUUUGGCCGUGUUCCAGGCAAACCGCGAUGCUGCCUUUGAGGUUCAAGUCGGCCUUCACGAGCUGACUGGCCACGGAUGCGGCAAGCUCUUGCAAGAGACCUCUGAUGGAGUAUACAAUUUUGACAAGGAGAAUCUCCCUGUUAGCCCGGUCACCCAAAAGCCCAUCUCCACCUGGUACAAGCCUGGUCAGACCUGGAGCUCGGUCUUUGGACCCAUCGCCGCCUCAUAUGAGGAAUGCCGCGCAGAAUUGGUGGCUAUGUACCUGAGCUGCGAAUUCCCCGUCUUGAAGAUCUUUGGAUUUGGAGACGGAUCAGAAGAUAUCAACGGCCCUGCUGGAGAUGUCCUCUACGCGUCUUACCUCUCCAUGGCUCGUGCUGGUCUUGCCUCUCUGGAGAUGUGGGAUCCCAAGAGCCAGAAAUGGGGACAGGCACACAGUCAGGCUCGGUUCUCGAUUCUCAAAUCUUUCCUCGAAGCCGGUGACGAUUUCUGCAAGUUGGAUUAUACCAAGGAUGACCUUUCUGAUUUGACCAUCAAGCUGGACAGGUCCAAGAUUCUCACAGCUGGUCGUGACGCUGUUGCCAAAUAUCUUCAAAAGCUUCACGUUUAUAAGUCAACUGCGGAUGUAGAGACUGGUACCGACUUCUACACCCAAAUGACCACCGUUGGCUUGGACUUCUGGGGCACCAAGGUCCGCCAGGUGGUCCUCGAUAACAAGCAGCCACGCAAGGUCUUCAUCCAAGCCAACACUACCCUGGAUGAGGCCACUGGCACCGUGUCGAUCAAGCACUACGAUGCUACGCUCUUAGGAAUGAUUCAGAGCUGGGCCGACAGAGACUUGUAA